GGGAGCCGCAUGUUAAUGCGCAUUAAAACCGCCUUGCACAAUAAUGCAUCAUCACAUGUCUGUGUGACUGCAUAUCUCUCCAGGCGAGUUUCUCAGAUCCGCAGUAGUGGUCUAAAGCCCUCUAUAUAUCCAGACUUCCGGUUCCAGAGAAAGAUGGUGAGAAAACCAUGCUGUAACAAAGAAAGUGUGAACAAGGGAGCGUGGUCUGCUGAGGAAGAUGAACUCCUAAUUCGCUACAUGAGAACACAUGGAAUAUGCAAAUGGAGAGACAUUCCUCAAGGAGCUGGGUUAAAUCGGUGUGAGAAGAGCUGCAGACUGCGAUGGCGGAAUUAUCUGAGGCCUGAUAUCGUAAGAGGAAACAUUUCUGAUGAUGAAGAAGACCUCAUUAUCAGAUUACACAAGCUUCUUGGAAACAGGUGGUCCCUCAUAGCCGGAAGGUUGCCCGGACGAACAGAUAACGAGAUAAAGAACCACUGGAAUAGUAACUUGAGGAAAAGACUGUUGAAGAAAGCUGCACGCAAUCAAAGUAAGGCUCAUCAUCCCCGUGGUGAACCAAGUAACUACAAUUUAAAAGAAGCCGAGGGUAGCACACACACCAAAGAUAAAAAUAAGGCCGGCCCAUCUAAAAUUACUACCGAUCAGCAUCAAGAACCGAAGAAUUAUUCUGCUACUUUUCUAAUGGAUCUUGAGAUGUACACAAAUGAUCAUGACCCUUUCAUAUCCGACCAGCUAAAAAGUACAGAUAUCGACCAUGAUUUCUACCUAGCAGAAUGGAUCGAUCAAUUAUGUGAAGAUCAUGGUGAUAUGCACCGAGAAGAAUUGGGUACAGCACGUACUUAAUUUUCCGGCCGGGACAUGGAACUCAAAAGCUUGAAGAUUGGAAAUAGGAAACUCGUGAAGCUUUAUUAGGGUCGGAAAAUUGGAGGACUAUCAUCCUCACCAUCAUGACGACUGAAUGAUCAUGAGUAUACAUUAUCCACCUCUAUCAAUCUCUACAUAAACUCAUUCUUCGUUUCUGCAUGCCUUGUAUGGCUGCUACAUAUAUAUGUUGGUUAAUUUUCUUGCUUUUGUUUCUCGCUUUUAAGAGAUAAAAAUCUUGUAAUGAUAAUGUAUGCUUUCCUCAUGAAUAAACGAAAAUUCUAUG